AGCAUUGUUCCGCUAUGACGGCGGCGCGUGCGAGUGGUUCCCCGCUUCGCGUCUGCUCCGCGGGCGGCUCCUCUCAUUGGCUGUCGGGCACGUCACGUGUUCAUUCCAAAGAUGGCGUCUCCGAAUGGAGGGGACGAUUUCGAGAGCUCCUUGCUGAGUUUUGAGAAGUUGGACCGGGCGUCACCGGACCUGUGGCCGGAGCGGUUGCCCGGAGUCUCAGAAUUCGCCGCGUCUUGUAAAAAUCCCAUCAAUAAUUCACCCCCCAAAUGGAUGGCGGAACUAGAGAGUGAGGACAUUGAAAUGUUGAAAGAGCUGGGCAGUCUCACCACAGCCAACCUGAUGGAGAAGGUGAAAGGACUUCAGAACCUGGCUUACCAGCUGGGCUUAGAGGAGUCCCGUGAAAUGACCAGAGGGAAGUUUCUGAAUAUUUUGGAGAGGCCCAAGAAGUGACGUUUGGUUAAAGCGAAGCGAAAUGUCAGCGUGAAUGUGUUGACCAUGACGCACACGGUUCAAACCGGGAGGUCUUCUCUCGGUGCACCUGGUGUCCUCAUGUAGAUGCCUUUACAUCUAGACAAGGUAGAACGAUGUAUUGCUCCUCAUUGGAAUUCUCUGUUGCUCGCAGACCUGCCUGGAGGAAAUGUUUGUUAUUUAUUCUCAUUUCUGUUUUAAACGGGGGAAGUUGUAUAAUAAAGUUUUGAAAAGAAUUCCAAAGAUGGCGGCCUUUCA